CACCCACCACCAACCACCACCACGACAAUAGCGAGGGCUCAGGCGUGGUGCGUGGGGUAAUUGCGGUGCAGCGAGACCUACGACACCUUCCGGCGCGUCCUGGACGAUGGUGAGGCCACGAACACGAAAAGGGCGAUGGGUUGGGGCAUUCAUUGCAAUGACGUGAACGUGUUGUUUCGGCGGUUGUGUGUGUCGUAUUGUGUGUGCAGGGAACUCCUUUUAUCGGGCCUUGGCUUUUGCCGUGCUGGAGCUCCGCCUCCCAGAGCCCAGACCAGCACCCUUCCCGCGCCCCCUCACCCCAGCCCUCUCCACCUGCCGGUGUGGGUGUGGGAGGAGGUGAUGGUGAGGAGGAGUUCGAUGAGCAUGCGUGGGACGCUGCUGUGGACGAGGCCCUCCAAGAGACGCUACUAUCUCCUGCCCCCGCGACGCCGAACUGGUACGUCCACAGGUGUAUAUAUUCUGCAAUCAAUGCUUUGUCGCCCGCUGUGUGUACCCUUUUUGAUGACGUGCAUGUGUUUCAGGUCGAGUGAGCAAGACAAUGCCGCUGAGGCGGACGAAGACAAUCGCUCAACGUACGUCAGAGGAUGGCACACACACACACUGUGUGCACACCCGAGUGAGAAUACUAUCUGUGUGGACACAUGUGUGUUGUAUCUCGUCAUGGUGAAUGCAGAGUCGAGGAGGAGACGGAAGCUGACCGACUGCGCCGUGAGCUGGCGGACAACCAGAUUGAGCUGGAGUGAGCGACGACGCACACACACACCACUGCAGUCUGUGCUAGGAGCAUUAAUAUGCACAUGCGUGUGUGGCUUGGGGUUGACUGACUGACUGACUGAUGGAUGCGAUGCGAUGCGAUGCGAUGCGGUGCAGGUUUCUGAGGGUCUUGAACUGCCCUGACCUCCUCCUGGACUCCCAGCGGCAGCUAGGUAAGUAAAGAAGUCCUCACUAGUAGCCACGCAUCGCAUCGCAUCAUAGGCAUGUGUGUUGGUGGUGUGUGUGGCUUUAUUUUUGUGUGUCAGACGCCGCCAAGCAGCAGCUGCAGCAGCUACAAGUGGAGCUUCAGACCGCCCGCCACGAAUGCCACGAGGUCGGUCGCACACACGUGCGUGCAGACAGAGGAGCACUUCCUUAGUCAUACUAUCUAUGUUAUGUCCUCUAUACGCAUGUGCGUCAGGCUACCUCUUCCUACACGGCGCUCCGGGCCUGGCACAAGCCCGGCGGCCGAACUGGGUGGAAUCUUUUUCGUCGUCCCGCUUGGGAGGACGACGAAGAAGACGAGGAUGACAACGGCCGGUACACAAACAUACACACACCCGAGAUCAUCCCAUCAUUGAUCGAUCGACAAGAAACAUACUGAUGUGGUGGUGGGCUGUGCUGUUCUGUUCUGUCGAUUCAGUGACACAAGCGACGUCACCGUGGUCGCACGGGGCGAGGUGGCGAGGAGUCGAUGGACAGCUGCGGCACAUCUGGCCGCUGCUGGCGCCAUCCAGCAAGCUGCGGUGCGUGAGAAGGAGGCCAGCCGCAUGGCGCAGCGGGACCAGGCCGUCAAGCAGACCAUGCUGCAGGAAAUAGAGGAGGACGCCCAACAGAACAGUAAGCACCAUGAGCACCAUGACAUGACUCCAUCCAUUCACCCAUGCACUGCACUGCCCUCAUGAUAUCAAUGAAUGACUCAGACAGACAGACAGACACACAGACAGACAGACAGACACACAGACAGACAGACAGAAAGGCGGGAGGGAGGGAAGCGCACCAGACACCGACACCAUCAUCAUUCUGUCAUGCGUGUGCUGUGCUAUGUCUGUGUUGAUUGUCCCUCUCAGGUAUGCAGUCCGCGUAUUGUCAACUCGAAGACGAAAAGGUACAUACCAAAGAAGGGCGAUUGGUCCCCUCCCACAAACACACUCUGACAUGACACACUAUUCCCUCCCUCUGCAGGCAUCCUUAGCAAGGGAAGUCGAGUUUCUCCAGGGAGAAUACAACGCCCAAAGCGUAGGCAGACGGAAGCAAAGCUUAUCAUCCCUUAUCCAUCUAACCGCGCAUCAGCUGCUUGUUCGGCAUGCAUCGAUCAGGACUUUCUUAUGGGGCUGAAGAGCGACUUCGAUCGCAUCAUCCUGGAGGUCGAAGAGCUCCAGGAUGACAAGGUGCGUCGGACAGAGGUGCAAUCAAUCAAUCACGUGUGCACCUACCUGCUCGUGCAUUCUUGCCCUGUCUGUACGUGUCGUGUCAGAGGCCAGUGAUCGCCGCGUAGGACAGUUGGAGAAGGAGCUGGACGACAUGGCCGCCAAGUAAGAAUAUGUAGAUGUCAAUAUAUCAGUCAGUAAGUGCUGCCCUUCUGCCUGUCUGCCUGCGUAGCUGCAACAAACCGACACAACCAUCCAUCCAUCCAUCCAUUCAUUCCCUUGUCCACGUGUCUGUCCGUUGUCCGUUGUCUGUCUGUCUGUCUGUCUCCGGUGUAAGAAUAGAUGUCAAUCUGUGCUGCCCUUCUGCCUGUCUGCCUGCGUAGCUGCAACAAACCGACACAACCAUCCAUCCAUUCAUUCCCUUGUCCACGUGUCUGUCCGUUGUCUCUCUCAGGUAUCGUGUCGCUCUCGCCACCCCGCUCACCGGCCCCUCCCACUGCCAUCGUCCCACCUCGCCGCACCCACACCAUGCAGACCUCGAAGACUGGUUCGUGUCGCGACUGGCGGCCAUGGAAGACAACUCCACGACCUUUGCCAGGGACGCCGAGCGAGAGAUCUGGCGCCUGAGGGGCGCCAUUGUUGGCCUGGCCAACUACAACUACACUGUACGUAUGUAUGUAUGCGCAAGAGCAGAGCAGACCAUAGGUUGAUUGAUAUCUCCCUCAGCUAGCUCCAAUUGAAUUGCGGAUGUGAUGCUGCCUGCCUGCCUGCCUGCUGUGUUUAUCUAUCGUACAUAGAUGGAAGACGUGUACGCCAACAACGUGUGGAUCGAGUCGUCAUCCUUGGCGGCCGAGCUCGGCAAGACGAGGGCCCGUUGCACCCUCCUCGAGUAAGUCAAGUGUUUGGUGUACUUACUUAUGUACUUAUGGACUGAACGAGUGAGUUGGGUGUAGUUGGGUGUAGUUCAGCUGAGCUGGAUACAUACUUGUUGUGCCGGCUUGUCUUGUCGUGUGUGUGCAGGAUCGAGCUGGCGGCAUGCAAGGAGCAACAGGGCAUCGAGGAAGCGGUAACGUAACUAACGCACACAGAUACGUAUGAUGCUAUCAUAUCAGUCCGUAGUACGUAUCGGUAUACACCCAUCUGUGUGCGGAUCUCAUCUUCGACUUCCAGGUCCCGGUGGAGCACGUGCAUCAGCCAUGGCCGUCGCCAGCACCAGGGCCCCUGUCUGCCGCCGAGUUAGGCGAGAGGAGGGCCCGGUGUGAGAUGCUCGUGUAAGUAUGUGUAUGAGACAUGUUUUGCAAGGCGAGCAUGCCCCUUGCAGCGCGUCUUCCUUGUCUGCAGAUUGCUGCUUACAUUUUAUAUUCGUCGACACGUACGCAAUUGUAUUCGAGGGAUGGACUGGGUGACCGAGCAAGGCCUCUCCACCUGCCAAGCCAACCGGCGUGGGAGGAGGUGAUGGCGAGGAGGAUUUUGAUGGACAGGGCUGCGGAUGUGGACGAGGCACUGGAAGAGAAGCUGCUGUCUCCUCCCUUGGACGAGGCCAUCCACGAGACGCUGCUGUCUCGUACCUUGGCGCCACCAGCCAGGUAUGUCCGUCGGUGCCUACAUGGAAACAAGUCAGGAAUAUUCCUGAUUCCCGUACCAACCAAUGCUUUGUCGCCUGCUGUGUGUGUACACUUUUUGGUGACUUGACUUGCGUGUCUGUUCAGUGUGUGUGACCAAGACAGUGCAGCCGAGCCGGACGAGGAGCACCCCGAAGACGGUGGCGACCAACCUGCAGAAGCUGCAGAUGCACCCCGACGUCCAGCUGUGGGGAUGCGCCGCCGUCUAGGCCGUCUGCAGGCACGACUUCGGCAACAGCGUCGCAGCGGGCAAGGCCGGCGCCAUCGAGGCCAUCCUGGCGGCCACGAUCGCUCGACGUACGUCAGAGGAUGGCACACCCACACACACAGUGUACACACGAGUGAGAAUACUAUCCAUGUGGACACAUGUGUGUUGUAUCUCGUCAUGGUGAAUGCAGAGUCGAGGAGGAGACGGAAGCUGACCGGUUGCGCCGUGAGCUGGCGGACAGCCAGGUUGAGCUGGAGUGAGCGACGACGCACACACAGACCACUGCAGUCUGUGCUAGGAGCAUUAAUAUGCACAUGCGUGUGUGGCUUGGGGUUGACUGACUGACUGACUGAAUGAUGGAUGCGAUGCGAUGCGAUGCGAUGCGGUGCAGGUUUCUGAGGGUCUUGAACUGCCCUGACCUCCUCCUGGACUCCCAGCGGCAGCUAGGUAAGUAAAGAAGUCCUCACUAGUAGCCACGCAUCGCAUCGCAUCACAGGCGUGUGUGUUGGUGGUGUGUGUGGCUUUAUUUUUGUGUGUCAGACGCCGCCAAGCAGCAGCUGCAGCAGCUGCAAGAGCAGCUCAAGACCGCCGAGCGAGAACGGCACGAGGUCGGUCGCACACACGGUGUGUGCGGUGCGUGCAGGCAGAGGAGCACUUACUCAGUCAUACUAUCUGUGUUAUGUCCAUCCACUAUACGCGCGCGUGUGUGUCAGGCUGAGUCGGCGAAGGCAGCCCUCAUGGCCUGGGACAAGCCUGGCCGCCAGUGGGGGUGUCUUCGUCCUACUUACUGGGAGGACGAAGAAGAAGAAGACCUCGACGACGACCCCCACAGGUACACAUACUCACUCAGGCAGAUCAUCCAUCCAUCCAUUGAUCGACGAUCGACAACAAAGGUGCUGUGCUCUUCUGUUCUGUCGAUUCAGCGAGACCGGCAGCGACAUCACUGUGAUCGAGCGUGAUGCGCUGAGCUGGAUGCGGGAAGAACUCGACGAGGCGGUGGCUGAGCUCCAGCAGAAGGACAAGUCUCUCGAGACAGAGUUCAUCGCCCACAGCGUAGGCAGACAGAAAGCUUAUCACCCCUUAGCUAACCGCGCAUUAGCUGCUUGUUCGGCAUGCAUCGAUCAGGAUGAACUCAGGCGGCUGCAGGGUGUCAUCGAUCGCAUGAUACUGGAGGUGGAAGAGCUCCAGGAUGACAAGGUGCGUCGGACGAAGGAGACACGAGACAGCCCGGAGAGGAGCACCCCUUUGUUGCCUGUCAUGAGGGAGCAGCUCGCAGAGAUGGAGACACACUCGGUGAGACAGACAGACAGACAGACUGAUGGAGCGUCUUCCUUGUGUGCAGAUUACUGCGUACAUUUUAUAUUCGUCGACACGUGCUCAAACGUAUCUGACGGAGGGGCUGGGUGACCGAGCAAGCAGCGGCGAGCAAGACCGUGUCGUGAGCCCAUUGUGAUGAGCGGCCUCCGAUGUGAGAAGAUGCACACAAAAGACUAAGGGCACAGUAACCAUGUGGUGUCUCUGGUUGUGAUGCAUGCAGAGCGGAGAGGGAGCGAUGGCACCGGGAGCCUCAGCAGCUGCAAGAUGAAUCGAUCGAGCUGCACACACUGCCGCAGUGAGCAAGGACACAUACACCAAUCACGAGCUGAGAACAGACCGACCGACCAACCGAUCAUACGACACACAAACACACGGGCGUGUACGUAAAUGUAUCGCAGGCGGGUCCAGGCGAGAAAGCCGAUCUCACCGAGCUGCUGGCGGAGUCGAAGCGCCGAUGCCCCUGAGGAGCCACGCACCAUGCACACAUACAUACGUAUUCUGCCUAUUCCUGCCUGCCCUGUGUGUCUUGUUCAAAGGCGAUUGAGAAGGAGCUGCGAGAGGACAGGAGCUGCCCAAUAGCCAAUGGUGGGAGGGGCGCCUUGAUGUUCUCAAGCGUGACUUCAAGGGCAGCGAGAAGCACCAGCAGAAGGUCGACAAGCUCUGCGAGACCUACGACAGCUUCCGACACAUCCGUCCCGAUGGUAUGUCAGUUACUUACUUAGCUACUUACUUAGUUGCUGAGCCCGGCAGCCAAUGCAGGCAGGCAGGCAGAGCAGGCAAGGCAGGCAGACAGGCACGGAAGGAAUUGAUUGGAGUGCGUGCAGUGCACUCAACGAACGAAAGGCAUGCAUAGUAUAUACAUGGGAUGGGCAGGGCAGCGAGUGGAGCGGAGCGCGCGUCGAAUUGUGUCGUGUGUGUGUGUGUGUGUGUGUGCAGGCAACUGCGUUUAUCGUGGGCUUGCUUUCGCUUUGAUGGAGCUGCGCGAGACGGGGGGGUACCAGUUGGCGAUGCCGGCCGAUGUGCUGUCUGACGACGGCGAUCUGGCGGUGCAAUACGGCCGGCUGCAGUCGCUCAAGGGUGAUGACCUCUGCGAGACACUGAGGACGGACAAGGACCUUGACCUCGGCGCGGGUACGUUCGUUCUUUUGUGACCACACAGACAAGCACACAGCACACCACACAGCCCGGCACAAUCGAUACCGUCGUGUCCUCUCCGAUCCUUUCCCUCCCCUCCCCUCUCGUCUCGUCUCGUCUCGUCUCAUCUCGUCGGUUGGUUCGUUUGUUCAGUCAAGAUGUUCCGUCUGAUAGUUGGCACGUACAUGCUGGAGCACACCGACCUGGGCGUCGCCAAGGGCCAGUGCAGGACGCGCCGCGAGCGGCGCAACCAGCAGCGACAGCAGCAGCAAGGGCAGGGCGUGCGUGUGCGUGUGCGCGUGCGUGUGUGUGUGUGUUCUCAGGUCGUGAGGCGGAAGGCCUCCAUGGCACUCAACGUCAACAUACAUAUCGUACAGCUGGUCAGUCAGUGAGGGAGUUAUGUAGUGACACAGCCGACAGACAGACAGACAGACAGACAGAGCUGUAACACGAAUACAUACAUACACCUCUCUCUCUCGUGUCAUCUGUCGUGUUGUGUUGUGUUGUGUUGUGUGUUUUGUGUGUGCAGGACAAUGUCAGCGAUGGUCACUGCCCGGUGUAUACCUAUCCUGAGGGGGCGGCCAUGCCACCCGGCUCACCCACAGUCGUGCUCAUCUUCCGACCAGGUCAUUACGUACGUACGCUCACACGCACAUGCACAUGCCACACACCGCAUCCAUCCAUCCAUCCAUCCAUUGUGCCACCGACCGACGCACGCACGCGACAAACAAGUAUACCUAUACAUCCAUGUGUCUCUCUGUGUGUGGUGUGGUGUGAUGUAAUUAAUGCCGACCGACAGGGCACAGACGUGCCGCUUCAAGUCUGCUUGCACUCGACGGCCGAGGGGGCGGAGGGCAACGGGAUGGUGCUUGACAAGAGCAUGCAGCAGUGUCGACAGGCAUCCCCCAACUCCCCCAACGCCCCGCGACACUGGGAAGCAAGUAAGACAUACAUACACAGACACACCAAGAACAGAAGAUAACGCACAAGGGCUUGCUCUCAUCCUUGCCUGUCUGUCUGUCUGCUUGCCAUCCAUCCCUACAGAGGCGCCCCGACACACCUCAGGCCGCCUGCAGACUGGGUGCAGUCACACUCCACCGUGAUUCAGCUUCAGCCGCCCGGUGAGCAAAUGGGCAUCUCACGCACACACGCUUGCCUUGACCACCACCCUACCAUCCGCACGACGGCGGGCAUCCCAUUCGCCCUCUACUCGCAUCCCCGGCCACCACCAACAGCAACAGCAACAGCAGCUUCCCCACACACAAGGGCAGCAGCUCGCCGGUCAGGCAGCGAUGCGCCCCCACCCCCAGCAGCAGCAGCAGCAGCAGCAGCGGCGGCAGCGGCAGAAGGCAUCGGUGGACGAGGCGAGAGGCCACGGGCCCUUUCCCCCUCCAGUCAUCCUUCCGCCGCCGGGGGAGCAGCCGCCACGAGACGACGGCCCCCCGGCGUCUCACAUGUCGCCCAGCCUCCCGUUUGCAGGCCAGCCCCGGCCGUCGUGGCACCCGUCGCUCCGCAGCGGUGGGCAGGGACGACGCGACGAGCUGGAGGAAGGGAGGGACAGGCGUCGGCCUGCCAUGGUGCAUCCCGACCACCCCAUCACAGUGUCGGCUGGGCUCACCAACGACAGGAGACAACCCGACGCCAUCAUCGACCAAGGCCCGCGAGGACACAGGCGGGAUGAGGCGCCGCCCCAGUGGCCGGGGCCUGGUGGGUACGGCGGGGCGACAGACGGCCCGGUGAGGUUUGGCUGUCGGGGUGAGGAUCGGUUCGGGCCUUUGGCGCGUGGACCAGGUGGGAGGGGCGGUGGAUGGGGCUAUGCUCGCGGCCACAGGGAUGGGGAAGGAGGCAUGUGGCACGGACACCAACACGGAGAGGGGUUCGUCGGUGCAGCGGGGAGAGGAUUCCAUCACCAGCACAGGGGAGCCGGGGGGAGAGGAGGAGGACUUAGAGAGCACUGAGACCACCAUCUACAGCCACACUGGGAACCAAGCACUGUACGACACACAUACACAGACACACCAAGAACAGAUAGAUAAUGCGCAAGGGCUUGCUCUCAUCCAUCCGUGUCUAUCUGUCUGUCUGUCUGUCUGCUUGGCAUCCAUCCAUCCCUGCAGAAGCGCCUCAGUCCUCCCAUGCCGCUGACCGUGGCGUCGUCCACCCUGCCUUCACAAGCCGGCGAGACGCCGCAGCGCCAGCCUACCACAACAGGCACAGGCGUCCCACGCCUCCCCCACCUCACAUCAGCAGAUGGCCGCCACCAUCACCUCCGAGUCGACACCAGUCCUGGCUCGAUGCUCUUCAGCAACUCUAUCAGGGAGCUGAAGAACCAAACCCGGCAGGAGCCUCGAACUUCUUCGUCUUCAUAGCCAUUUGCUUUCGAUUACGUUUUGACGACUGGGCGACCAAAGGGAUCAGGGUGACCAUGCCACACACUCAAGCACACUCCCCAGGCCAUGUGUCGCCUCUUUGGCUUGUCCGUGUGUCUGUAUGUGACGUGGUUGUAUGUGCAUGCCACCAGGGAUGGGACGCGGUCUAAGCAGGUGCCCCUGACGUCGAGGGAGACCACUAGGUGGACGCAGCGGGAGUCCAUGACCCACGACGACAGGCGGGAAUUCGGUGAGUGACCGAGUGACUUGGAGACAACUCUCUGUCUGCCUGGAUGGCCGCCUCUCCCUCUCUCUUUGUGUGUGUGUCUGUGUGUGUCUGUGUGUGUGUGUGCAGGCGGGUUUGACCUCACUAGGGCCCACGUGUCCGAGACCCUCGCGGAAGGUAGGGAGACAGGGGCGGCUGGAGGCGCUGAGUGUUGGCUGAAUUUUCGCCUUGUCCUGCUCGUGGCUGCAUGCAGAGACCCAUCGCGAUGGCCCAGGCGGGAAGAGGGGUAG